AUGGCGACAAUAAACCCUUUAAUCGAGACUUUCAGACUGGGCAAAAUAUUGCAACUUUCUGUACCUUCUGACGAAAACGUCCAGAACACUUAUGAAAGAGUUUUGCACCAAUGGCAAAGUUGCUUGAGUGCACGCGUUGUACAGUUGAUUUUACCAACAGAAUGCAAUGAAACCGUUAUUGGUAGUGAUAUAUCUCUCGGAAACGUAAUUUGUAAAAACGGUUUACUUCAACAAGAAGCGAUGAAUAGCGUUUGGGAAAAACCGUUUGACACUUCAGAGGCGGAGGCUUUCGACAAAGCGUCGCCUAAAAUCAAACUUGUUGCAAUAAAGGUUGCACAAUUCAUUGAUUCUAACAUAUCAACAGCUAAUGAUUUUUUUGACUUAUAUAUCGAAGAGUUGAAAUGGUGCGGUUAUAGUCAUAUAUUCGCCAAAUGCAUAGAUUUAUAUCAUAAACAAGAUUUUUUCACAUUACUUCUUUUUGAGAUUUCAUCUUUAGAGAGAAUAUUGGGUGAUAUAAUAUAUUCCAUUCAUAAUGACACAUUUAUGAUUCCAUCUCUUAUCCGUGAUCUUCUUAUUGCUCCACCACUUGUUCCCCUGUUAGGAGAAGACGUUAUUUUCUUUCUACGUUGUUUAAUUGGGCCUCCAAAUUCAAUGAAUUUGAGAAAUAUUCUUUGGCAUGGGUUUGUUAGUCCUAACGAAUUUUUACCUAUUCCCGCUAAAUGGUAUUCCGCCCUCAUUAUGGUAGUCACUCUAACUGUUUGUCACAGAGUAAGGCUUCGUGGUUUGAUAGAAUCAUUAAAGAAAAGGAAUGUUGCAAGUUUUGAAGGUUUUUUUCAUUUAUCUCGACCCAACAUUAUUGCGGAAAAUAUUAUUACUAGUGAUGAAAUUAAUAAAAUUUUUGAUCAAGAAUACGAACGCGUCAUGUUUAGUCAAAUGCAAGAACAUCGGCUAGGUACUGUGGAAGUUGGUCAAUAUUUUUUAACUUUGGACAUUAUCUUGGAAGAAAAAGUUGCCUGGGCAUAUUAUGGUCUAGAAAAAGAAAUUAAGGACGAGGUGCCUAGAAAUCAGAUUUAUGAAGAGUUUGGGGGUGGUAUUAUGGAUCUUAUGCUUGAUCUUUUUGUUUAUAACGCUGGUCCUAGGUUAAGGGAUCGUAUAGCACACGGAGAGGCGAACUGCCUCGUCACGUCCACAGACUCUAAUCCAUUAUAUGAAUAUUAUAUUUGUCUUUUGAUCAUUUUAUGGAGCAGAUAUAAAUCCAAAGUACUCAUUGAGCAAGUUGAUGUGAUCGGGAUUGAUGAUCCGCAAUUUGUUAUGAAUGAUGAAAUAUUACAAAAUUAUGAGAAUUGGAUAUCCAACUAUAAUUCUAGAUUUCACCCUAUCCCCUUACUCUGGAGAGAGAGCACUCGGUUGAUAACUAUUACUUGGAAUUGCUGGAAAAUUGCCCAAAUAAUAGAACAAAAGGGCAGAUUUACAUUAGGCGAUUGGACAGAACUAAUGUUUAAAGAACAGGAAGAUAGUUUAUUUCAGCAAAGCGUUCUCAAGUCGAUUGCAAAAAUGGAAACUAUGGUAGAUGUUUUACAUCUAUCCAGAGAAAAGUUAGAUGCAAUAAAAGUAAGGUGGUUUUGCAAUAACAAAGAGUUUCAUUGGAACCGUAUAAGUAUUACAAAAGAAUAUUUAAAAGUGAUAAAUCUAAAGCGUGUGGUAAUCAAGAAGGCUAUCUCUGGUGCUGAGAAAGAUCCUACAUUCUUCACCUUCUCUUUCUUCACUCUUGACUAUGCCAAUGAACAAAAAUUUAUAUUAGGUAUAUUAAUAUUCAUUGAAAGAUGGCGUAGCUUUUGUGCAGAAGGAGAAUGGAAGAAAAUAAAUGAGGCAUUUGAUGAACUCAUUAAACAUUUCUCUUGUAUUAAUUCCUAA